UAAAGGGGGCGGGUGGGGGGGGGUGAAGAUGAUGCUGAGCGUGUUGAAGUUUACGUGCGCCAUCGUGACCAGGGCGCUCUUUCUCUUCGUGUCGCUGGCGGGCGUGUGGCGGGUGACAUGGGUGAAGAGGGACAACAUCUUCUGGCUCCUCACGCUGCUCUUCGUGCCGCUCCUGCUGGAGAUGAUCGUCACGCUGAAGAGGAGGAAGGGACAAGAUUAUAAAUGGUUUUCCCCUCCAAUCUUUCUCUUUCUCAUCAGUAUCAUUCCCUCCAUUUGGAUUCUGGAGCUGCACUACCAGCAGGACAAAGCCAGCGACCCUCAGUGCAACAAGCUUGACUCGUGGGAGAACGUGAAGCGAGUGAUCACCCUGAACGAGACCACAGGGACAAACCUCACAUACCAGAACUACCUGGAGAACAUCAACCAGGCGUUGUGCUCCAACGAGUGGAUCCUCGCUCUUCAUCAGAUCCUGCUCAUCCUCCUCAUUGUGGGAAAAUGGCUCCUGCCCCUGGGGGGCGGCGUCACCAGAGACGAGCUCUCUCAGCUGCUUCUGAUCUUUGUCGGCACGGCGGCGGACAUCCUUGAAUUCACGAGUGAGACGCUGUCAGAUGUCAAAGAGAACAGUCCUCAGUUGGUCUAUAUCAUCUUAGCUGUAUGGACAUGGAGCAUGUUGCAGUUCCCUCUACAUUUGGCUGUAGUGAACUCCAAGUCGGACCCUGUUGACGACCAGGAUGCACAGGAGGUUUCCCUCUUGACCAAACACAGCACGGACAUUUGGGGUAUCGUGGAGGCUUUGUUUAUCCAGGACGGGCCCUUCCUGAUGGUGCGGCUCACUGUCAUGACCUACUUCGACGUCUUCCACCAGAUGCUGGUCUUCUUUGCCAUUAAGAACUUCCUGGUAGUCAUUUUGAACGUGUACAGGUUGGCCGUCAUAUGCCAGGACUUCAGACCUUCCCGGAGUGGCAGUGGUCUGGGCAGCGGCAUCCCAUAAUUAAAAAAGGGAACCCUGAGUCAUUCUGUAUUGCUUGGACGAUAAUACUCUUGUGUUGUCUUCGUGUGUCCUGCAAAGUCAGUUCAUUUGGAAAAGUACUAUUUUCAAUCUUGUUCUUACACUUGAUACCACAUUUACUGUCCAUGCUUGAUGCUGCUAACCUCACUUUACAGUUGAUCAAUGCUUAUAGUAAAGGAGUGAGUGGACUGGAGUAACCGCAGUGGUGUUAAAGCUGAAGAUACCAGCAGAUAAACAGGAAAAGAGGAAGCGGUACAGGAACAAAGAGGGGUCUGGAAAUUUCUGGUUCCUUUUGAAAGUGUGUUAGCACAAAAACAAAACAAAAAACAAAUAAAAAUAGUCCUCAAUCUUGGAUAAGAUAAGACUUUCCAUCCCGAUUCUUGCAGUCUGAGCAUUAAGGUCAGAAGACAUGGGAAAACUCCUUGUCUGUUAAGUGCUGACGGAAUCCAGAGAUUGAAGGGAGCGUUUGAACUCAACCAGGAAGAUGAAACAGAACGUACCCAACUGUAAACACUGGGUAAUUAUUUGAUUUAAUGCUGACUCAGACUGCUCAUUCUUUUUUUUUUUUUUUUUUUUUUUUUUUUUUACAGAUAAUAACAAUUUUAAAGCAUUGGUGUCAUUUUUAAACAUGCUAUAAAAAGCCAAAUAAGACCAAAAAAAGCCCCUGACAGUGUCCCAUUGGGAAUAAUGUACUGUAAACUGCAUUUCUUGAGGGGCAAAAUAGGUAUCUCCACAAGAGCUUUAUUCGGUUCGUGUUAUUGCUUAAAAACACAGGGUUUAAUUGUUGUUUUUUUAUGUUACUUUGAAUAAGCCUCAAAAAUGAAUCUGUCCCAUUGUC